ACAACUACUUCAAGGUCUCAGAUCGAGUGACGUCGCCGACUGAAACACUACUAGCAUGCACCGCAAACUAACUAGCCAUUUCACACUGGUUAGCCUCACAACCCUUUGACCUCCUGCAAUAAGGGCAAAGACACUACUAUUUGUGUAAACUCUACACAGUUGUGUUCUGUGAGUGUCACUGAGUAGGCUUAUCUCCCAUUUAAUGGGUGCAACAUCCACAGGCUGCACAGUGCUAUAAUACAGUUCAAAUGCCCCAAAACAAACUAAUGAGAAUUAUUCUCAAGCUCAGCUCUAGGACGGCAUUGGUCCUAAUAAUUUCAGGGAACUGAACAAACUGUUGAUGGUCAUGACCUUGCCCCCAGUUACCUGUCUGGUUAUUUUAAUUUAAUUAGAGGCUCAAGCCUUGGGUUACAGGCAACAUCUGCCCUGAGCUAAAGGAUAGAGCUGUCGUUUUCAAGGAGUGGGACUCUAACCCGGAAGCUUAUAAGAAAUCCUGCUAUGCCCUCCGACAAACCAUCAAACAGGCAAAGCGUCAAUACAGGGCGAAGAUUGAAUAUACUACACCGGCUCCGACGCUCAUUGGAUGUGGCAGGGCUUGCAAACUAUUACAGACUACAAAGGGAAGCACAGCCGCAAGCUGCCCAGUGAAACGAGCCAACCAGACGAGUUGAAUUAUUUAUAUGCUCGAUUCGAGGCAACUAGCACUGAAACAUGCAUGAGAGCAUCAGCUGUUCCGGACGACUGUGUGAUCACGCUCUCCAUAGCUGAUGUGAGUAAGACCUUUAAACAGGUCAACAUUCACGGGCCGUAGGGCCAGACAGAUUACCAGGACAUGUACUCCGAGCAUGCACUGACCAACAGGCAAUUUCAACCUGAGUCUGAAAUACCAACAUGUUUCAAGCAGACCACCAUAGUCUCUGUGCCCAAGAACACUAAGGUAACCUGCCAAAAUGGCUGCCGACCCAUAGCACUCACAUCUGUAGCCAUGAAGUGCUUUGAAAGGCUGGUCAUGGCUCACAUCAACACCAUUAUCCCAGAAACCCUAGACCCACUCCAAUUUGCAUACCGCCCCAACAGAUCCACAGAUGAUGCACUCUACAAUGCCCAUUCCCAGCUGGACAAAAGGAACACGUACGCGAGAAUGCUGUUCAUUGACUAUAGCUCAGCAUUCAGCACCAUAGUGUCCUCAAAGCUCAUCACUAAGCUAAGGACCCUGGGACUAAGCACCUCCCUCUGCAACUGGAUCCUGGACUUGCUGACGGGCUGCCCCCAGUUGGUAAAGGUAGGUAACAACACAUCUGCCACGCUGAGCCUCAACACGGGGGCCCUUCAGGGGGGCGUACUCAGCCCCCUCCUGUACUCCAUGUUCGCUCAUGACUGCAUGGCCAGGCACAACUCCAACACCAUCAUUAAGUUUGCAGAUGACACCACAGUGGUAGGCCUGAUCACCAAGAACGAUGAGCCAGCCUAUAGGGAGGAGGUCAGAGACCUGGCUGUGUAGUGCCAGGACAACAACCUCUCCCUCAACGUGAUCAAGACAAAAGAGAUGAUUGUGGACUACAGGAAAAGGAGGGCCGAGCCCAGCCCCAUUCUCAUCAACCGGGCUGAAGUGGAGCAGGUUGAGAGCUUCGAGUUCCUUGGUGUCCACAUCACCAACAAACUGUCAUGUUCCAAACACACAAGACAGUCGUGAAGAGGGCACGACAAAGCCUAUUCCCCCUCAGGAGACUGAAAAGAUUUGGCAUGGGUCCUCAGAUCCUCAAAAAGUUCUACAGCUGCACCAUCAACAGCAUCCUGACUGUUUGCAUCACUGCCUGGUAUGGCAACUGCUCGGCCUCCGCCCGCAAGGCACUACAGAGGGUAGUGCAUACGGCCAAGUACAUCACUGAGGCCAAGCUUUCUGCCACCCAGGACCUCUGUACCAUUCAGUUUCAGAGGAAGGCCCUAAAAAUUGCCAAAGACUCCAGUCACCCUAGUCAUAGACUGUUCUCUCUGCUACCGCACGGCAAGCGGUACCGGAGCGCCAAGUCUCGGUCCAAGAGGCUUCUAAACAGCUUCUACCCCCAAGCCAUAAGAUGUAUGUAUAUAUUACCUCAAUUUACCUCGACUAACCGGUGCCCCCGCACAUUGACUCUGUACCGGUACCCCCUGUAUAUGGUUUGAUACUUUUAUUUGACUUUUUAAAAAACGUAUCUAUUUUUUUUACUUAACACUUAUUUUUUAUUAAAACUGCAUUGUUGGUUAAGGUCUUGUAAGCAUUUCACUGUAACACCUGUUGUAUUCGGCGCGUGUGACAAAUAACAUUUCAUUUGAUAGCCAUCACGCCAGAGCUAGUAUCAGACCGCUGCGCUAUAGGAGCAUGGCAGUAAAGUGCUUUUUCCUUAACACUGGUGCCGAUGAAUGGGAUGGUGUACCAAACCAUAUAAAAUCCAUCCCUACGCUAGAGAGUUUGAAGAUACAGUAAACCUUAAGUAAUGAUUUAUGGGCAGAAUGCUUAAUACUGCACAGGCUUAAAGAAAGUAUAAUUAUUUCAAUGAAUGUUACUUGGUAAUCUAUUUUUAUUUCUUGUACGGUUUCCUCCCUAUUGAUGAGAAGUAUUUUGUUUUCAUGUUAUAAUCUUGUUUAGGUUUUCUUUUCAUGUAUUUUCAUGAGGACCAUAAUGGAAAUACGUCUUAACUUUUUUGAGUCAUCCUUGAUGAUAAUAAUGGCAUUGUACUGUAUCAACAUGUCUGGUUGCAUUGUGCCUAAAAUAGUUUAAAAAUACAUAUAUAAUAAUAAUAAUAAUAAUAAUAAUAUGAAUGUCCAAUACAUACAAUAGACUGACUGGAAAGGUGAUUUCCCACAGUCAAAGUCCUGCUACGAUGCUAAUAUUUGUGUAAACUCUUACACAGUUGUGUUGUGUGAGUGUCAACUGAGUAGUCUGAUUUUCAUGGUUUCAACAUCCAUAGGUUAGGCUGUACAGACAGUGCUUAUAAGUAUGGCCCCAAUGCCAUUCUAAAGUCUAAUACAUCGACAGUGUGAUUUCAACUGCACAUUUUUUUGUUGUGUCAAAUGAACAAAUUAUUAUUGUCUCUUGUUGGAUUUAUUUAACAACAUUAUGAACUUGUUAAGCAUUAUUUACUCCAAAUAUGGCAUGAUUCCACUAUUUGAAUCCGUUUGAUUCACUGUCAAUGGGGGUCUUUUAUUUUGAAGGCGACCUGCAAAUUCCACUUUUGUGGUUUAUCCUUAUUGUGGCUAAUUUCACAUAGGUGAAUUCACCAACACUGACCCGCAGAGAAGGACUAAACUGAUCAUUACUGUCAACCAGACAAGGACAACUUUAAUCCACAUAUUAAAACGUAGUCUGAAUAUUGGGACAGGAAUCACAAAAACAAUCACAAGUUCAUAACAAGAGGACCAAUAGUAAGUCAUCCUGAAUGGAUCCCCCAAACAGAGGGGGGCAACGGAGAGGUAGAGGAGGAGCCAACCAUGUCGAUCACAGAAGAGGUGCUGAGGCUGGUCAGAAAGAAGAGGAAGGGAUAGCCAACCAAGGGAGAGGGGGAAGAGGUAGGGGGCCAAGGGAAGAGAUGAGAGGGGUUAAUGGGGGGAACCCGAGGGAGGAUAGGAGAGAGCGAGAUGACAGAGCAGGGAAGAGAAGAGGAAGAGCAGGGGAGGAUGCCAGGGGUAAGGGUGGUAGAGCGGGAGGAGGAGGAAGGGAGAUAGUGGGAGGCAGAGAAAAUAGAGGGGGAGGGAGAGGGGGUGGUAGAGGAAGGGGUGGUAGAGGAAGAGGGGGAGGGAGAGGAAGAUCUAUAGGCGGUGGCACCCCUCAGGUUCAUCCAAUUGAGUACAAAACCUUGGAGAAGCUAUCAGGGAAAGACCCUUCAGAGGUAGCCAUCACUCUGUCCUUGAGCGAUGGACUGGAAGCUCUCCUCGACGAGAGAGAGAUGCGACAGGACCUUGUUCAGCUUCUCUGCCAAGUAUUAUGCAAGGCCUUCUUGUCCAAAACCGACCGCCAAACCGUACAGUGCUUGACUCGCUUAAUCAAGGAUUCCGGAUUCCUCCGAACCAUCCUGCCCCAUUAUGUGAUGGGAAUGGGAUCCGAGUUUGACCACACUCGCCGGGAACAAUACCCCCAGCACUUGGACAACAUCAUGACCCUUCUCUCCAAGGUGCUCAGCAUCUUCCCAGCUAGCUCUAUAAAGGGCGUGUCCAUGAUAGUGGCCCUCUUCAGACCAGUCAUCAACAGCCUGCAAGCCGUGGGGGUGGACGUCCUGGAGCAGACGGUGGAGAACCUGGAUAGGAUCCAGGGCCUGGUCGAGCACCUCCAGGAGAGAGCCAGGGAGGGCACCCUGAGGUCUGAUUACUACUCCUUCAUAACCGCCCAGGAAGACGCCCCACCUGGGGAGGCCGACUUCAGGACCCUGCCCAUCUACCCCACCCCCAAAGAGUUCCACCAGGACCAGAGAUCCUACCUCAGGCCCAACCUCAUCUCCCAACGCUACGCCAGCGGACUGCUCUACCUGGACACGCACUUCCGGCUCAUGCGAGAGGACUUUGUGAGGCCUCUUCGAGAGGGCAUCCAGCAGCUGAUUCAGAGCCAGCAAGACCUGGGCAAUAAAGACAUCCCUUUAAGAAAGUGGCGCUUUGAUGAUAUCAGAGUGUACUUUGACACUCGACUGGUGGUACCAUUGUGCACCCCGUCUGGUUUGGCCUAUAAGGUCCAGUUUGACUCCCAUCCUCUUAAGUUUGUCCGCUGGCAAAACUCCAAGCGGCUGAUAUACGGCUCCCUGCUCUGCAUGUCCUGUGACAACUUUGACACCUUCCUGUUUGCUACUGUGUCGGACCGGGACCCCAAGGAGCUAGAGAAGGGCUUUGUCCAGCUCAGUUUCUUAGGGGAGAGCAGGCGAGCCCUGGCCGGAGUGGAGGCCCACCAAUCCUUCCUCAUGGUGGAGACCACAGCCUACUUCGAGGCCUACCGCUACGUCCUCGAAGGGCUGCAGGAGCUGGAGGUAGAGGAUCUGCCCUUUCAGAGGUAUAUAGUGGAAUGCAGCUCAGACGUCGAACCUCCUGCCUACCUGCCCAGGGCAGAUACGUAUGACCUGUCUGCUAUUGCGGCGCCUGAGUUUAAGAGCAGUAUCAAGAGCUUUCACACCCUGGAUCCUGAAGACUGGCCCCCCAUGGAGCAGCUGGGGUUGGACGAGUCUCAGAUGAGAGCCCUUCAGUUCGCACUCACCAAGGAGCUGGCUAUCAUCCAGGGACCCCCAGGCACAGGGAAGACCUACACAGGACUAAAGAUCGCCCAGGCUCUGCUUACCAAUCAGGAGAUGGGGAGAGGUUUCACCUCCCCCAUGCUGGUGGUUUGUUACACCAACCACGCUCUGGACCAGUUCCUAGAAGGCAUCCACAAGUUUCUACCAGACGGUAUUGUGAGAGUGGGUGGGCAAAGCAACAGUGAGGUCCUGAAGCGUUUCACCCUGAGAGAGCUGAAAAGCUCCCAUUACUUCCGCCGCAACCUACCGCCACAUCUUCGCCGUGCCAACUGUGAGAUCUAUGAUGCAUUGCGGACAGAAGAGACUAAGAUCCAGACUCAGUCUGUGCAGCUGGAGUGCAGUCUUCGGGGCGUCCUAAGGGAGCAGUACCUCCAAAAGUUCAUCUCAGAGAAACACUGGGAUAGCCUGACGCUACAGCCAGCAUUGGAUGGCUUUGAGAGCUAUGGUGGGAAGAAGCCGUCUCUUGUUAUGGAGUGGCUGGGAUUAGGUUUCACUGUCUUCCAGCAGAGGACGCCACAUCCUCAAAAUUGCAAUGCAGAUGUGGAAAUGGACGAAGCUGAAGAGGAAGAGGACGACCUGAUCGAGAUAGCGGAGGAGGCAGACCUGAUCCAGGCGGAACGCUUUGUAGAAGCCUCAAACACGCAUCAUGGUCGGGAUGAAGAUCUUAGAAAGACGGAGGAGAUAGUCAGAGACAUGGCGGAACUGAUGCUGGCCAUGAACCUGGAGAACAUCGAGAUACAGGCAGAGCAGAGUGAAGAAGGCUGGGAGAUGCAGCGGGUACAGAAGAGGAAGAUGAAACAUCGUAUUAGGAGGGAGCUGGGCAGGAGCUCAGCCGUGAGUGAGGAUGAGGAGGACUCCAUUCUGGAUGUGUGGGCUCUCAGUCUGCCAGACAGAUGGAGACUGUACCGGUUAUGGGUGAGGCGUUACCGGACAGAGCUGCGUACGCGAGCCCAGCAGGCGGAGCAGGACUAUCAGGACGCAGCCGAGCGUCUGGCUGAGAUUCGUCUCCGUGAGGACUUAUUUGUCCUGAAGGAUGCCAAGGUCAUCGGCAUGACGACUACGGGGGCUGCUAGAUGCCGCAAAGCUUUGCAGGAAGUGAGUCCCCGCCUGGUGAUCGUGGAAGAGGCGGCGGAGGUACUGGAGGCCCACACCAUCACCACUCUGAGCCAGGCUUGCCAGCAUCUCAUCCUCAUUGGAGACCACCAACAGCUCCGGCCCAGUGCAACAGUGUUUGACCUGGCCAAGAACUUCAAUCUUGAAGUGUCCAUGUUUGAGAGGCUGAUCAAGAUGGACUUUCCGUAUGUCAGACUUAACUACCAGCAUCGCAUGAGGCCAGACAUUGCCCGUCUCAUAGUCCCUCACAUCUACUCUGAGCUGGAGAACCACCCCUCAGUGAUGGACUUUGAGAAUGUUAAGGGGCUUCAAUCAAACAUGUUCUUUGUGGAGCAUAAUUAUCAUGAAGAGGAGAUCAAGGAUGGAAAAAGUCACCAGAACCGCCACGAGGCCCUCUUCGUGGUAGCGCUGUGUCGCUACCUCUUGUUACAGGACUACCAGCCGUUCCAGAUCACCAUCCUCACCACUUACACAGGCCAACUCCACUGUCUGCGCAACCUCAUGCCAGCCAAAGAGUUCAAUGGGGUCAAAGUUCAUGUUGUUGACAAAUAUCAAGGGGAGGAGAAUGAUAUUGUCCUGCUGUCCCUGGUUCGAAGUAACAAACAGGGGAAGGUGGGUUUCUUGAACAUCCCCAACCGUGUCUGUGUAGCCCUGUCAAGGGCUAAGAAGGGCCUCUACUGCAUUGGAAACAUGGACAUGUUGGGAAAGGUCAAGCUCUGGAGCAACAUCCUGCACAUGCUGCGAGAGAAGGACCAAGUGGGCCCUGCAAUGACUUUGUGCUGCCAGAACCACCCUGAGCGACACAUUAAAGUGUCCUGCGGAGACGACUUCAAACAAGCUCCCGAGGGAGGCUGCAACCUGCCCUGCGAGUUCCGCUUGAACUGUGGUCACGUGUGCUCCAGUGCCUGCCACCCGUACGACCAAGAGCACAAAAAGUACACAUGCAACAAAAAGUGCCAGAAGGUCCUUUGUGAGCUGGGGCAUCGAUGCCAACGUCAGUGCUACCAGGAGUGCCCUACUGACUGCCUUAAGCAGGUAGAAAAGAUUGUACCACAGUGCCAGCACAAGCAGAUGGUGCCCUGUCACCAGGCUCCGGAGAAGUUUGUGUGCCUGGAGCCCUGUCAGCAGAAGCUCAUGUGUGGGCAUCCAUGUGCCUUGGUGUGUGGGGAGUCCUGCACCACCACCUGCAUGGUGAUGGUCACAUUGGAGCUCAAAUGUGGACACAAGCAAGAAGAUCCCUGUCAUUAUAAGAGCUCUACCAUACAGCCAGAAUGCAGGACACAUUGCACACAGAUGCUGAAGUGUGGCCACCCCUGUCCUGGUUCCUGCCAGAGGUGCCACCAGGGCCGCUUCCACAUGGGCUGUUUCCACCAAUGUGAUCGCCUCCUAGUCUGCUCCCAUAAGUGCCGGGAGCCCUGUACACGUGGAUGCCCACCCUGUCAAAUGCGCUGUGAGAAUCGCUGCAUCCAUAGUGUCUGUAUGAAGCCAUGCGGCCAGCCCUGUUCCCCCUGCAUAGAGCCUUGUGCCUGGAAGUGCCCUCAUCAGCGCUGCAGCAAGCUUUGCCAUGAGCCUUGUGACCGUCCACCAUGCACCCAACCCUGUACCAAAACCUUGCACUGUGGGCACCCAUGCAUCGGCCUGUGUGGAGACCCUUGCCCCAACAAGUGUCGUGCUUGCCACCACGAGGAGGUAACAGAGAUCUUCUUUGGUACGGAGGACGAUGUUGAGGCCUGUUUCAUUCAGCUAGAGGACUGCGGACACUUGUUUGAGUCCACGUCCAUGGACACAUACAUGGGAAUGGAUGAGAACCAGCAGGCUACCGGAAUAAAGUUAAAGGAGUGCCCCAAGUGUCGCACACCCAUCCGCAGGAAUCUCCGGUACGGGGCUCAUGUCAACCGGAGUCUGGUGGAAAUUGAAAAGGUGAAGGAGAAGAUUAAUGGAACACAGUCAGAUAUUGAGGCACAGAAGGUGGUCCUUAAGCAGCAAUGGAUUGACAAGGAGGACUUGCUAAGGUACCUACCCAUGGAGUACAUACAGAUCAGAGAUACACUGAGAGCCUCCGACCUCACAGCAAAUGAACUAUGGAUCACUGAGAACAAGAUGGCCUUACUUGAGAGACUGAACAAGCUGCUGAAGAUUCGUAGGGGACACAUGUCAAGCGUAGAAACCUUUUACUUUGACGAGAAGGUUCCAGAGUUCCUGAGGUGGCUGAUGGAUCAUCACCAAAAGUUCUCAGAGCAGCAGGCAUCUGAUCUGCAGAGCGAGCUACAGAGGCUCUCCUUUUUGGCGGAGCUUAACGCCCGCUGCAAGAUGGCUAAUGGAACAGGCCGUAGGGUCCACGUCCAGGCUGAGGUCAGAGCCAUGAGGAAGGUUCUGGAGAGAUUGCAGCCAUUCACUCAGCAAGACAAGGACUUGGUAAAGCAAGCACUUAAAGAACUGGAUAAAAAGCUACCAAGCACUGGCCUGGGGAUCACUGAUGAAGAAAGGAUGAUGAUUGUUAAAGCUAUCAACCUGAGUGUUGGACACUGGUACAAGUGUCCCAACAAUCACAUCUACGCCAUCGGAGAAUGUGGACGGGCCAUGGAGCAAAGCAACUGCCCAGAAUGCAACGCUACGAUUGGUGGAGCAAGCCAUGCUCUGGUGAGUGGCAACAGAGUGGCUUCAGAGAUGGAUGGGGCGCAAGAGUCCGAAGUCAAUAAUGUACUGAACUUUGAUCUGAUGCACCUUGAUGAUUAAAACCAGAUUGUUUUCAGUUUAAUUGUGACUUGUCAUAACUGAUAUGACAGUUAUCACAAUUGGUACUCCAGAAAGCAUAGCUGUAUUAAUUGAUAUAUUCAAUUCUGAAAUUACAGUAAAUUAUUAAUUGAAUGUGAUGAAAUGAAUCUGCUUCGCGAAGUAUAAUACAUAUUCAUUUUUAUUUCGCAGAGGUGAGGUUUAAUAAUGUCACCCCAGAGUACAAUACUGCAAUUAUAUGUGCCUUUUUGCUACUGUAUCUGUAUGAUCUUGAAAGUUGAAAAUUAACGAUUGAUCAAAAAAAAAAUCAUUACACACGGUACAAUAAAGAAUUAUGCAAACGA